UGGAUCUAAUAACUCCUUAAGUGUUAUUUAUGCUCAUGUAUCUUGCGUUUAAAUAACUCUAAUCAAGGCGCGUGAACUUAUAUUGAUUUAAAUGUGUCUCGAUGACUAGCCAGUAUACCGGAUUUAAGGUUGAGUUAACGUCAUCUCAACUUGGGAAAAUCGUUGGUAUUGUCUCAAAUGUUAGCGAAAACAAAAUCAGUCUCAUCAAUGCAGUGAUCAACAAUUAUCCUCCUACGAUCCCUUCGUUUGCUGUCGAGAGUAGAUUUAUCCAAAAUAUUCGCAUUCUUUCAACUGCAAGUGACGAUGAAUCCUCAGGCAGUGAUACACCGGUUAAAGGCCCAAAUAAGUCCUCUAAUUCUUCACGUGAACAACGUCGAGAAUGGUUAAGAAACAUUCCUAACGCUUGCAGUGUUUAUGUAUGUCCUGACUCACCGCCUAUCAUUCAUAGGACGCCUGGUGCUCCAGGAUCUGGUAGUAACAUUAAUGAUAUUAGUAACGGUUUCGGACCGUCAAAUGAUUUGCAAUUGUUAGAUAAUGCAUUGGGGAAAGCUUCCAUUCGCGAACCGAAUGACUUAAGUCCAGCUCGUAAGUAUGGCGUCAAUAACCACCGUCAUUCCAAACGCCGCAGUUAUUCAAUGUCAGAAACAGCUGGUGCGACAAGUGAUAUAUCUGGUGCUGAAAGUGAUUCGUUCCAUCGUUAUACGAAUUCAGGAUCAAGAGGUCAGUUCAACUGUGGAGUCAGUGGCAUUGCUAAUCGACAUGCUCAAAAUCGCGGUCACCCACGUGAUAAUAAUAAUAAUAGUCACAACCAUCGGAGUGGAGGGAACACUGGACUAAAUGGAGGUGGUAGUAGUGGUCAAAGAAACUUGGCAGAUUGGGAUCGAAUCUGUGUUGAAGAAUUUAUUGAUGAAGAUUUUGAUUUCGAAGGGAACUUAGCCUUAUUUAAUAAGAGUGCAUUCUAUGAAAUGGUUGAUUCGCGCGAAGGUCAUUCAAUAACAAAUACUUCUGACGUGAAUAAUUCUUCCGUUUCAUCUCUGCCACAUUUCAUUGAAGGUCCAGACGGUGUUGGAAUUCCUCUAUUCACUACUCCAACUCAGUCAUCUAAUUUAGUAACAACUAUGACAGCUUCAACUAGAACAACACUGACUAUCACAUCCUCUGGUAGUCACUAUGAAGAAAAGCAUAAAAUAAACAAUACACAAAUAAAUACUACUUCCAAUAAUAAGUUUAAUAAUCAUCAUAGUUCUACUAGUUCAGGAGUAGUUACAUUGUCACCAGCAGCAGCUGUAACAGUUCAUUCGAAAGAAAAUAAUUUCAAUGAUAACAUUAAUAAUAAACAAUAUUAUAUAAAUUCUAUAAAACAACGUAGUAAUCAGUACUGGUAUACAUGUACAGGACAACGUGUACCAAUAUUUCCAUUAGAACAACGUCAGCGUUUAUUUAAUUAUCUAACUACAGGAUUAAAUUUAGAUAUUCAAACAAGUAAUAAAUUUCAAGGUAUUACAUGGGGUCGAUUUAUUGAAUCUGCUACUCGUCCUCUAAUCGAUAAUAUUAUGAUACAUUUACGUCAAUUAAAUAGAACACCUCAACGAAUUAUUCAUAGACCUCCGGCUCGUAUUCUAAUUGUAUCAAAUGGAUCUAAUCAUUUAGGUGCAGUAUUGUCGUUGAAUGUAGCUCGAUAUUUAUCUACACUUGGAGCUUGUGUUCUAUUAGUCACUCCGUCUAUGCAUUGCGCUAAGACUACUACUAAUAAUAAUUCAGUGGAUAGCACUACUGUGGCUGCUUCCGAAGAUGUUAGUGAUGAAUAUCCUACUGAUAAUUCCAUAAUGUCUACUAUUUAUCGCCAGGAAUUACACCUACUUAUGAAUUUAGCACCAAAACCAAAUCAAUAUGGACUAGAUGAUCUUGAUGAUGAUGAAGAUGAUGAAUUAGAUCAAUACAGUGAUGAUGGGAGGGGAAUAGAUAACGAAAAUAAUCAUGAUGACGAGUAUAACAGUGAUAAACAAAUACCUGGACUCUAUACAGUUAACAGUAAUGAUAAUGGGAAUCAUACGAAUGAUGAUAAUAUCGGUCCAUCUUCUGCGAAUGUUCGUGAACACAAUGAUGUUGACUUUGAUAAUAUGAGUUGUCUCAAUUAUUCCGAUAUCAGUAGUAUUGUUGAUCAUAGUUCAGUUGGACGCAUAUGGAUGAGUCGUAUGCCUGGAUUGAAAAUUAUACGUCGACCAAAUUGUAAGUAGUAUACUUGUACAUAUUUUUUCAAUCUAUUAACUAUUUUCUAAGCUGUCAUUGUUUGUUUGCUUUUAAUUUAAAUAAAUACUGAUCGUUUCAAACUCACUUAUAAUCACAGUAAUGAAGACUAAUAAAUAGACUUAUGAAUAAACAACAUCAUUUCUCAACUUUAUCCUUCUUUGCAGCUAAUUUUCCCUUGAAUUCCUAAUAUUGAAGGUAGUGAAUUAGUUGAGUGUGUCAAUCACUUCACUUAUCCCGGAAGUUUCGUCAAGCUCCAUAGGUUGGUGUUUGACGAAAUAUCGGCAAGAAUUUCGAAAAACUCGCUAGGAUCACUCAAACCAACUCAGAAUCAGUCCAUGAAGUCAUUGACAACUGGACUGAACCAUGCUAAUCGGUGUAAACUACCUGGUUAGUGUCAGCGUGAUCAUAGUAACCAGUAAUUAAAGAGUUUGAGUGGGAUAGGUCAGAAUUGUUCACAAUGAUGUCUGUGCUUUCCCUCUUUAUCUCGUCCUAAAACCUCAGCCUUGAGAUCUCAUACCAUUUUUUUUCGUUUACCCAGUCUUUUGUACCACUACUGAUACUGUUAUUACUAUUCCUACUACUCUGUGAUUUGUUUUGAAAUAAUUUUAUCUCACUGUUAAUGUAGUACGGGAACUUGAAAUGAUGCAUAUAUGUUGGAUUCUACGCUGCUUAUAGCUGAUUGACUGGUUAAAUUAUUGUCUUAUAAUUGACUUUUUAUAUAACUUGAUAGUAUCGUUUAUCUGAACAGUAUUCUACGUAUAAGUUGAUAGCUUGACGUUGUUAUUUUCUGCGCUUUCAAUAAACUACAUCUGAAAAUUAUUUCUUCGUUAUAUGUCUCACCCUACUUUUGAACAGAGAAAUGAGAUGACAAAUUUUGUGAGAUGGUACCAUUUCGUGCUUUCUCGUCAGUCACAUACAAGCAACAUGUUAUUCGUGUAAAUACAGUUUUGAAGAUAAGGUCAAAAUUUCUUAUUUAGCAUGACAUUCAUUCACUAAAACCAUGGUAAACAAAGGUCAACGUACAGUUGUUUUUGAACACAUAAAGUUGGACUUUUCCGACCAAUCAAGAUAGCUUCAAGUAGUUUGAGCGUGUGUGGGUUUUGAUGACAUGUCACAACUCUAAAGGCUGAUUUUGGGUCAAUUUGAUGACCACUCAUCAUUAGAUGUUUUGUAAUGGACGAGAAAGCACGAAAUGGUACUAUCUCACAAAAUUUGUCUUCUCAUUUCUCUGUUCAAAUUUAUCAAAGUGAAUCACGCUACUUUUGUUAAUGAUCCAUCAUUUCAACCCAUACAAAUUAGCAUAACAACAGUGCAUCAGUCUAAAAACUCUUCCCUUCUCUUAGAUGUCAUCAUUAAAUAACAACAUAAUUAAAAGAAUGUAGAAGAAGAAAAUGCUGUAGGAAAUACUUUUUUUUUAAGAAAAGGCAUGUUUCUUUCUAGCGUUAAACAGAUUGUUAAUUCAUUUACAAACCCAAUUAGUUGUUUGUAUUUGACUUAUCUGAUUCUUCUAAUCCAUACUAAUAAAUAGAACUUUUAAAUGUAUAAUUAGUUUUAAACUACUUAAUUACCAUAACCUACUCUUUUUCUUUGUUUUCUCUAAAUUAGUGUAUUAAAUUCCAUCUGCUUGUUAAGUUUCAAGUAAAAAGAAAAAAAAAGUGUUAGUUGAUUGCUAAUUAGUUGUAUAAGCUUCUCAUAAAUGUUACAGAUGCCUGUGUUCUUCAUCAUUGUUGUCACUCCAUUUGUUAUAUUCAUAAAGUACAUGGGUUUUUUAGUUUGUCCUACAGCUGUUACCAAACUGCCAAGUAGUAUACGCAUUGACCUAGCGAUAAUUGGUCAUCCAGAUGACAGUACUACUGUAAAUAAAGAUAACUCCUCACUGUCAUCAAAUACAAAUCUAUUGUUUAAUUGGUUGCGCAAUCACAACUCCAUUGGUGGUAUUAUUCAUUUGACACCUUCCCAGUCUAUUGUUGAUUCUAAUAUUCUGUUAAGAAAUGCUCAACACUUUGUUUGGGUGAUUGAAUUAGGCUUACCAACACUGACACCACAAUGUCAUUCAACAUCAUCUUCAACAACAACGUCUACAAUGUCUAUUCCUCUAACUGAAGCCACGCUGAAUAGUAGUACACCAACUAACACGACCACUUCAUCACCAACUCACUUUUUAAUUGAUGUUGGAUUUGGUCGAAAUAUUGUCCGUAAAUUAACUGGUGAUUUAAAUCUUCUACCACCAUAUGGUCUAUUCGAUCUGGGCUCUAUGAUUCCUUUACGAUCAGAACAAUCGAACUCAGUGCAACAACAAAUAUUACGAUAAUUUCUUUGAUUUAAACAUUGUGUGCGCACAAACUGUCCACAUUUUGUAAUUAAUUUUGAUGAAAGAAAAUCUAAUUGACUUUGUUUUACUCUGUUUCGAUAUUUUGUAUAUAACAGUUGCAAUGGUUCUAUCGUUCACUUAAUCACAUAGUCUUUUAAUUUCUCCUCUAUAGUUAUUCUGUUUUCUAAUGUAAGAUGUGUACACUAGGAUAGCCUAGUGUUUUUUUCAUUUCGCUUCAGAGUACCUAUCUGACUUCGUUGUCAUGUUUUGUAUUGUACUAUUCUACAGUUUUCUUUUCUUUACAAAUUGUUAUCUCACUUAAUAGUCUAUGUGAUUUAUUUUUUCUUGUUUGGUAAGGCAUAGAUAGCAUGACGUUAUUCUGUGUAAAUAUAAAAAUGAUUGGUAAUGUAUUACCUGUCUUUCAGUAAAAUUAGUAGAGACAUGAUUUGAUUAUUAUCUGUUUCUAUUACACUAUGUGUUAGUCGA